CGUAAAACCUGCACCUAUAUUUUCCAGUUCAGCAGUAUUUUUUGAUAAAACCAAAACAUGCUGUAAGCAGUUUGGUAUCUCUCUGUGUCCUGCGACGUGUGUCAUUUGCGACAUGUAAUAACAGCCUGUGAUAAUUACUUCUAAUGUACAGAAAUGCGUAAAACAAGGACUCUCUCUUUUUUGGUUAUAUGUCAAGUGGUAUUUCUAGUGAAGUGCCUGGAGUUUUCGUCUCAUAAUGCUGAUGUACUUUAUAAAAUCAAUUGGCCAGGAAAAAUCAGCACGGAUUUACUGCAGGCACAGGACAAUCUCGAGCAGUAUCCGAUAACCACGGCCAAUAAUGAAAAAUACACAUGCAUUAUUCCAGUUGCUAAAAAGCAAGAGAAGAACAACGGUGAGCCCUACACUGGGCCCAAUCCAAUCGAACUCCUAGCUCCUCUGUUCAAUCAGAACACAUGUUCCUUCAAGCUAGAAACCUAUUGGACGUAUGAAGUGUGUCACGGCAGACAUGUUCGGCAAUACCACGAAGAGCGAGAAGGAAAAAAGGUAAAGGUGCAGGAGUUCUACCUGGGAAGACUUUCCAAGGUACAGAAAGAAAAGGUCGCCUCAAAGUACGACGAAUUAGCGAAAAAUCCCGACAAAAAGUCAGCAAUUCCCACGAAGAAGUUUGAUGGCGUUCAGAUGCCCUACGUGGAGAUCGAGAUGACAGAUGGAACAAUCUGCGAUCUCAGCAACAAACCCAGGACAAUUAAAGUGCUGUAUGUGUGCCACCCUCAGGGAAAACACGAGAUCCUAUCUUUGGAGGAGACCUCCAGCUGCGAGUACGAGGUCAUCGUUCUGUCUCCCUUCAUCUGCAGUCACCCUGACUACGGGACCAGGGAUGAGGGGGAGGAUGAGAUAAACUGCGUCCCCCAGGAUAAAGCACCCAAAAAACCGAGGGCACUUGCUGCUCUGGAGGCGGAGAGCCUCAAACUCAGGCAUCAGAAAGUCAUGGAUGAAAAGCCACAGAAACUGUAUGCGAUCUUCCGUGUUGAUAAGGACGGCCAGGACGGAGAAGCUCGAGUUAGAGUGGAAAUUCACCCAGCAGAAAGUUUGGAUAAAAAUGCAGAGGAUCUUCUUGGGUCUGUGAUCCAUAUGAAUCCUGGACAAACUUCGGGUGAUGUCACUCCUGUGCAGAGUUUUCUAAGUGGAAAGCAUUGCUUGAAUGGGGGCAAUGGCUGGUGGAAGUACGAGUUCUGUUAUGGAAAAACAGUAAUGCAGUACCACGUGGAGAGAGAUGGGUCCAAGACAACGGUGGAUCUGGGUAAAUUCGACAAGCAGAAACACAUUGAUUGGAUGGAGGUACAUCCUCAGAAGAGGCCGAAGCCUGUGGGGCAGAGGAAACAGCUCUCUCACUUCUACAGUGACGGUAGUGUCUGCGAUAAGACUGGAAAAUUACGUCAGACUGAGGUGCGACUGAAGUGCGUGGAGAGCACUUCAGGAAGCCCGUCCAGUGUGUCCUUGUUCCUCCUCGAGCCCAGGACCUGCGAGUACAUUCUUGGUGUGGAAUCUUCCCUGAUCUGCAAAAUCAUAGACUACGCAGAUAACAAUGGGCUCAUCCUCGAUGCAGCCACCAUAAACUUUGACGACUUGAAAGCUACGUCGGGGGAAACUCUUCAGAAACCAGAGGAUCCAGAGCCUCGGAAGAUUAUUCACGACGAACAUUAAUUUUUCAUAAAGCGAUACAAAAUUUCUGCAGUUUGUACUCAAUACAGGAUUUUCAUUGUGCUCCACGAAAUUCAGGACAUAAAAAUCUACGUUAACUCUUUUUAUAUACAAAAAAGUCUUGUAUCACUGAAAAUGUACAUACUUGAAAAUAAAAUAAUAAAUUAUCACUGGACAUUCAAAA